AAAAUCGCUGAGAUUUCCCCCCGCGCGCACUCGCACAAGAAAACGAAUGAAAUGUCUUCUGCCAGUGAGAUGAGCGAGAUGUCGGUGGCAAUUUUAGUGGGCGCUGUGGCAAUCCUUCUGGGCGUGGCUCUAUAUAUCAUUGUUAAACGUCGGCGGCGUCUCAACAGUGCUCUGGUGCCCUAUGCUAGACGCUCGCUGGUCCGUGUGAAGGUGCCGCGUCCGGAGCCCAUUGAAACGGAGGACGAAAGGGAGACGCGUGAGUAUCUGCAGGAGCGGGCACGCUUCAUCCAUCAUCCGCCGGUGGAUCUGGGCAACAAUACGAUGCCGCUGGAGUUUCAGGUCCAAAUGAAGAUCAUCGUCCGUCUGCAAGCAAUGUACCGUGAUGGGUUGCUCUUCCCUCACCAACUGCCACGCCAACGCUGGGCGCGUCGCUAA